AUGAAAUUUUCAACAUUACUUAAAUCUAACAAAUUACAAGGCUGGGAGGAUUUCUAUAUACAAUAUAACAAUUUAAUAAAAUAUUUAAAAAAUGAUACAAACAGAUUUAAAAGCUUGUUAUUAAGUGAAUUUACUAAAAUAACAGAGUUUUUUAAUGGAAUUGAAGAUCAAACAGAUGAACAAAGAAAUUUACUAUUUAAAAUUGUACGUGAAAAUUUUACAGAAAAUCAGACAAAAAAUAGAAAUAAUAAAAAAAAAUACGAAAUUAUUGAAAAAAUUAAUACAUCUAGUGAAAAAAAGGAGAAAUUAAUUAAUGAUGAAUUGUACUCAAACAAAAUUAAUAAAUCAAAAAGUUUAGUAGAAAGAGAAAACGAUUUAAGUUUUGGUGGUGAAGAGAGCGAUUUCGAAAACAUAAAAAUUGUUGAAGAUAUUAAAUCUCCUGAAAAAAAGGAUAAUAAAAAAAGGAGAAUGCUGAACUUUGACACCUUCAAAAUUAAUGGACCAUUUGAAAAGAGAAAAAAAGAGAAGGCUUUUCAUGAGUUAUUACAGGCCAUUAAUUCGGUAAAAAGUUAUAGAGAUAUAAAUUAUAUGGGAUUAUCUAUCAUUAUUAGAAAAUAUAUUAACAAAAUUGGCAGUGACGAAUUUAGUAGUGAUUUUUUAAAAAAAUUACAUCAAUCACAUUUUCGUAAAUCAAAAAAAAUAGAUAAAAUGCAAAAAGAAGUUAGAUCUGUUUACAAAAAGGUAUUUGUUCUUAAUGAUAAAUUUAAAGCACAAAUUAUUUUUAAAAAAAUAGGCAAAAAGUUGAGACCUGACCCCUUUUUAACUUUUCUUAUCGGUGUUUUUUUAACUGCAUUGGUAGUUAUUAUUUAUUGUGCGGAUUUAGACCAAAAUCCUUUUGUAAAAAGAAUUGCAUACAAUGUUGGACUGAUUCAAUUUGGCGCUUUUCUAUUUGGAGUAUGCGAUUUAUUAUUUAUAAAAUAUGAUAUAAAUCACAAUCUUAUUUUUAAUUUUGAUGUAAUUUCAAAUUUAUCACCUAUAGAUUUUCUUUUGAAUAUUACUUUAACUUUAAAUUUGACUUUUCUUUCUUGUUUAAUUUUUAUUAAAAAAUAUCCUGAUAUUCUAGCUUACGGACUUGUUUGCGUUCCUAUUUGUAUUAUUGCAUUGCCUUUUAACAUUCUCUGGUACAAAUCUAGGUUAUAUUUUAUAUCUGUUUUUAUUGGAACGUUAGUAUCAGGAUUUAGGAAAGUUUAUUUUAAAAAUUUUUUUUUUGCGGAUGUUUUCCAAAGCUUUACUUCGUCGUUUAAAAUGCUUUCAAUAGACUUAGGAAUUAAAAAAACAUGCUUAAGUUUUAUGUUCUUUAAUAAUCUAUGGCCAACAGUUAGAAUCAUCCAAUGUUUAAAUAGAUACAAGGAAACUAAAUCAUCCUUUCCCCAUUUAAUAAACAUGUCAAAAUAUCUUCUAACCUUUAUAUCUGGAACAUUACAAGCAGUAUCCUAUUUUUACAAAGAUUAUCGCAUUCAAAGGUGGAAAUUUUUUUUUACCUUUUGCGCAUCUACGUUUUCAUUGAUAUGGGAUUAUUUUUUGGAUUGGACAAUAUUUAGAUCUAAAAAGUUAUUUCCAAAUUAUUUUUAUGUUUUAGGAGCAAUUUACAAUUUUGGUUCAAGAUAUUUGUGGAUCUGUAAAGAUUUUAAUUUAAUUGAUAACGAAUUCGUUUUUAUUAGUUGCGAAAUUGUUAGAAGAUUUGUUUGGGCACUUUUUCGUGUUGAAAAUGAACACGUAAAUAAUUGUACAGAUGAGCAAUCUAAAUUAGGAUUGUUAUUUUCUAAAGAGCUCUUUUUUAUUAAGGAUAGUACACCAAAAAUAAAGAGAAAAACAAGUAUAAAAAAUUAUAGUGAUCCCGAUGAAUCUUUAUAG